AUUUAUAGCUUUUAGAAACCAUGUAAAAAGACAAACAAAAACAAAGAAGCAACCUCAAAACUCGUAUAUAAUAUCAAACACAAAGUCAAACUCAUAUAUUAUCAUUUUUGUAAAAAUUUUAGACGGUAUCGUUUUUUUUUUUUUUUUGGUAUAUUUUCAUAUGAUAUUAUCUGUCGGUUUCUUCUAAAACUAGCUGCAGCGGAAGAUAGCCCUCAACGUCUUUUAAAACUCAAAAGUGAUUAUCAUAGCCCUCCUUUAACAACUAAUAAGACUUUUGGACUUUGGUCGUCGCCCAAAUUAAGCUUCUUACAGUUUUUCCCAGUAAGCUGACAUUGACACCGACACCCACACCUCUCUUUCUCUCUCUCUCAAUCCCAAGUCAAUGGAGAUAGGAAUGGGUGGCGAGGCAGAACCCCAAAAGCCCAGAUUUUUUGUGGCCGUCCACGUUGGCGCUGGAUACCACGCCCCUUCCAAUGAAAAAGCUUUACGGUCGGCUAUGAAACGCGCUUGCUUGGCUGCUGCGUCCAUUCUCCGUGAAGGGCCUGGUGGAUGUGUAGAUGCUGCUGCAGCUGCUAUUCAAGUGCUCGAGGAUGAUCCAAGCACCAAUGCUGGCAGAGGCUCCAAUUUAACUGAAGAUGGUAGUGUGGAAUGUGAUGCAAGUCUUAUGGAUGGUCAGUCUGGAGCUUUUGGGGCUGUUGGAGCUGUGCCUGGUAAAUUUUAUAUUCCUUGGACCAAAUCUUAUACUUUCUUGCAGUUACUGAGUGUCUAUUAUGUUUGUUUUAGACCAGGUGUUCCAAAUGCUAUUCAGAUUGCUGCAUUGUUGGUGAAGGAGCAAAUGAAAGGGUCUUCUUUGUUGGGUCGAAUGCCUCCCAUGUUCUUGGUUGGUGAAGGUGCACGCAUAUGGGCUAAGUCUAAAGGCGUUGCCUUGCCCAAAACAAUGAUAGAGGCCGAUCAGCGGUUGGUAACACCAAAGGCAAAAGCGCAAUGGAAACAUUACAAAGCACUGCUUCUCAGUGCCAAAGCUGAGAUUGAUAUUUCUUCUGAUGGAAAUUCUUGUACUGCAAAACAGACUGCAUCAAUACAAGAGUCGCAAGCUCAAAAUUGUGAUACUUUGGAGGAGAAUAGGGCUCGUCAAUCAUGUAUGCUCUGCCCAUCAGAAGAGGACAGUGUCAUGGACACUGUGGGAGUUAUUUGUGUUGACACUGAAGGACAUGUAGCAUCAGGGGCCUCUAGUGGUGGUAUUGCACUCAAGUUAUGGCAGGUCUCUGGUCGAGUGGGAUUAGCAGCAAUGUAUGGUUCAGGCUGUUGGGCCUCCGUAAAAGGACCCUUUGGGGCUCCAUUCAUAGUUGGUAGUUGUGUUACUGGUGCAGGAGAAUACCUAAUGAAAGGAUUUGCAGCUCGGGAGUGCUGUGUCUCAUCAUCACUUUCACAGGCAGGUCCUGCCUCUGCUUGCAUGAAAGUUCUUCGCUCUGUUGUUCAAGGCAGCAGCAGUCAAAAUGAUACCGAUAAAAGUGCUGGGACUUUACUUGUGCAAGCUGAUGCUCCUAUCAGGGCUCCAGGAAAUCCUCCUAAGCUGAAAGCUGUAGAGAUAGCAGCUGCUUAUUCUUCCUUAUCUUUCGGCAUAGGAUAUUUUGGUAGUGCUAUGGAACGGCCCAAGGUUUCAAUUCUUAGGAGUACCAAACUGCAGAAUAGAACUGGAAUUGAUCAUUUUGAAGCUCGAGUUGAUCUUUCUAAAGAAGAUUUGUCAUGACUGGUCUUUGUUUUGAGAAUGAAUUCUCAUAUCAAAAUUUUCCAGUGUACUUUUCUUUGGGACACUGUUGUAUCUUUUUUCUGAUUGCAAUUAAUAAAAUCCAGUUUUAUAAGAGAUGUCAUAUUUUGAAAAUGGAAAAGGAAAUUAUAGUUGCUGAGAUUUAAAUCUCAAACUUAAUAAAUAUUAUUUUGGUUGCGAAUCAGAAUUUAUCGAGGAUGGGAAAAUCACUGCUUCUUUGGGCACAUGGUCGCUAGGAUGCACUUGGAACCACGAUGGUCACUUGACGGUGAAGAUUGCAUUGUCAAGGGAUUCACCAAAUAAGCCCCAAGAUAUGUCAAAAGCUGGAAAAGAUUUCUUGAUGAGGUGCUUUGCUAGGGAUCCAAAUUAUUGGCAUCAAAAAGUAGUUUUCUGGGAGAUGCUUUGAGAGAUACAAUCGUUUUGAGGAGAUGGAUUAAAAAUGGAGGCAAUUGGGGCAACUAGUAUUCUUCCAAUCUUUUGGUCUCCCACAUCUCAGCUUGCCUUGUUAUGUCUUCGAUAAUGUCAAGAAUCCAAUCCCAUUGUCUAGCUAAAGAGUAGUACAUAAAUAUCAAAAAAAAAAAAAAAUGGUACUUCUGCAUCGAAAGAGCUUAUAAGGUUUGUAGGCCCAAAGUAACAACUCAAAAUAUCAUCCAAUGGUAGACUAAAUGUUCACAGGCAAGGUUCCAGUGCAACCUAUCUAUUCAACAUUGCUACUUGCGAAUUAGCUUCAUAUGAGCAUUGCGAUCCUAAUUCUCUGAACCUCAAAUCUACAUCUGAAUAAAUAAUGUAUUAUGUUAUGGAAAAACAGAACUGCCACUAGAAUAAAAAUUGUUUGAAAUUUAUUAGCUGUAGGGAUCAGAUGAGGAUGUAUAGUGCCGGAAUUGGGCUGCGAAAAAGGUGGCUCCAACUGGCAACAUAGAAGAGUCAGUUGCCACAAGCGCAACUUGAGUAAAAUGGAUUCUUCUCAGAAGAAAAAUGCCCUUGGACAUAUUUAAAAU